AUGGAGAGUGGAAAUGGAAUGGAAAAAAGAGUGACGAGUGGAAAGAGGAGUGGAAAGUCGAAAGAGGAAUGGAGAGCGGAAAGAGGAGUGGAAAUGGAAAAGAGUGGGUUUGAAGAGGGUUGUAUUCAUGUCACCGACGAAUCAAUUAUUGUUCUUGCCGAGAAUUGUCCAUACCUGCUAGAAUUGGAUCUAACCGAAUGUAAUCAAAUUACCGACAAGUCUAUUCAACUUGUCCUCGAGAACUGCAAUCAGCUGAGAGAAUUACGGCUAGGAGGCUGUGUAAAAUUAACGGAUGACGCAUUCACCAAGACAAUGCCUAGCUGUUUCGACCAACUCCGCAUUUUGGACCUUACCAACUGCAAUCUUCUCACCGACGUAUCAAUCCAGACGAUAACAUCUAGCGCGUCAAAGUUGCGCGUUCUCAUACUGGCAAAAUGUAGUCUUAUUACUGAUAAAGGUGUUUACUCUAUCGCUAAUAUUGGGAAAUAUUUACAUUACCUUCACCUCGGCCAUUGUUCGCGAAUCACUGAUUACUCAAUCACUCACCUAACAAGACACUGCACUCGGUUAAGGUAUCUUGAUUUGGCAAGGUGUACUCAGCUAACUGACGUAUCUGUGUUCGACAUGGCUCAUCUCCCAGAAAUACGUCGCAUUGGACUAGUUAAAUGCGGUAAUAUUACCGAUCAAGCAAUAUACGCACUUAUAGAUAGUCGAGUGGUGGAUCGUAGACUGGAACGAGUCCAUUUAUCGUACUGCGUUAACAUCUCGGUCGGUGCUGUGUUGGAACUGAUCAAUGCAUGUCCUCGGCUGAUUCACUUAUCUUUGACUGGGGUGCCAGCAUUCCAGCGUCCUGAUUUACAACAAUUCGGCCGUCCUCCGCCGAAAGACUAUUCCCAGCAUCAGAGGCAGAUGUUUUGUGUGUUUAGUGGAAAGGGUGUAAGAGAAUUACGACAUCAUUUAAACAUUUUGGAUAGUACAAUGGGAAACAGAUACAGCUCUCGAAUGGGCGGAACCGGAUAUGAUAUAUCGGAAGGAGAUAAUGACGUUGAUAUUGUUGAAGUGGAUGGGUAUGGCGAGCAGAACUAG